AUGGAUCAAGAAACAUAGAAAUCUGUUUUGAUGAACAUUUAUUAGUAUAAAUUUUAUGUUUAAUAAUAGAAAAGAAAAUCAAUCGGGUAACAAAUUAAAACCGUAGAAUUUAAGUUCUCUAAAAUAUGUUCUCAAAGAACUACAAAAAUCAAAGAAAACUCCAAGUACAUCUUUACAUACUACUGCGAGUAAAAGAAAUUAACAAUCAAAAUAGAAAAAUAAUGUUUAGGUUUAAACUUCUUAAACUAGUUAUCGUUCUAGAUUAUAAUUAACAUAAAGAAAUGAAUGGAUUGAUUUAAUUAAUCAAAAAUCAUAAUAAAAUUACUAGUCUGAUCAAAUUGCAAUAACCGAAUAUCGGUAUUAAUAAAAUUCAUCUUAGAACUAAAGAAUAAAUGGAUUCUUUCUUCUUAAAUGACUGGAAAUAGCCAUAUUUUAAACAAGAAAAUAUAUAAUAAAUAGUCUAAAAAGUAAAUUAAUAUUAGCCUAUUGAUGAUAUUGAUUCAUGGAAAUAAGUAGUAUAUUAAAGAUUACAUUAAAGGAUAUCAUGA